UACGCCAUUGAGCUCGAUAAAAAACCAGAUUUUGGGAGAUAUAAUUGAUAAUGAGGUCAUUUUUCUAAUGUUCUUUUUGGCCUCUCUACCCCUCUUCAGUCUUCACAAGACUAAAAAGACCAUAUUAUCAACCCUUUUAUUGGUCUCUCCAAAAGUCAGUACACGUCCAUACCACCUUAACUGAUUUUCUGAUAGCUUCUCUUUGACGGGUGCUGCCCCAAUAUCUCCUCUUAUAUGAUCAUUGCGCAUCUUGUCCUUUCCAGUGUGUCUUAACCUUUGCAUUUCUGUUAAGAUGGAUGAGUCAUGAGUGGACACACUAGAAAGGAUGAACUCUCCCCAAAGCUAAAACUAAAGCUAAUCUUACUCUGAAAAGUUCACACCUCUUACAUAAAUACACCAAUAGUAGAAGUGAAACUUGCCAAGAAUCUGAACAACACACACACAAGAGUUGUAAGGAGAAAACAGAAGAAGUAAAACUUCGGAGAGGCUGUUGAUUCGAAUCAAAGGGGUGUUACCAAUGGCUUCAACGAUUCCCUUCUUCUUCUUUUGAGGUUUCUUCUUGGAGAUGAAAUAGGCCACCACCAACGACACGACCAAGAUUGCACCAACAGCGCCUGCGCUUCUCGCAUUUUUGGACAAGAUGGUGGGUUUUGCUGUGCAAAGGGCCCAUGGAUUUUAAUGGCCCAAGUCCAUAUUUCAGCUUCUAAAACCCCAAAUUCCCAACAGAAGAAGAAACCCUCAUUCCACCCAAUCUCCUUCCUUCCUAUAGCUGCUGCCCCAUCCACCUCCGACCACCGCUCCGCCCAUUCCCCGGUUACCUGCCGCCGUGCGACCACCAAGCUCUAAGUGCAAAAGAAUUUGACUUUUGCCGCAGUGUAAAUUUUGCAGUUUCUGGAUUCAGACAAAUAAAACUAAAUAUGGCACCGUUUUGAUGUUUUUUCGGGAGGACUUGUGCAAUGGAAUACUCUUCCGCUGAAAUGGUUUGUAUUCUAAAAGUAAAUACCAAGUGUGAGGGAUGUAAAGUGAAAGUGAUGCAGAUUUUGCAGAGUGUUCAUGGGGUCUACAACAUCACCCUUGAUGGGGAUCAAGAUACAGUGAAAGUUACUGGCAGAGUGAACCCAAAUACAUUGUUGAGUGUGCUUGAGAGACAUGGGAAACAUGCAGAGAUCAAGUAUAUCAAGUUUAAUGGUGAGGCUAUGGACAUGGGUUCUUAUUAUAAUUAUGGAGAUUAUGGAUAUGCUCCUCCUUAUGGUAUGGAAUUUUCACCAUAUCCCUCAUUGCCAUAUCCUCAACACCAGUUUUAUCCACCUCCAAUGGCGCCACCACCACCACCACCACCAGCACCAGCACCACCCGCACCACCACCAUAUUGGGCAGCACCACCACCUCGUCCUUAUGGACCUCCUCUUUUUACAUCUACCUUGCCGCCGCGGCCACCUAAACCUGCUCCCCCAAAGAAUGUGGUAAAGGAAAAGAGCCAUUGUGCAAUGAUGUAGGAAUUAUUAUUGCAAUUAUUUGUUUUUCUUGAAUUAUUUGAUUCAUUUUGAACUCGCAUAAGGAAAUAAUAAUACGCAUAAUUAUUGCGGAACAA